AAGAAACUAGUUGUGCAACUCUAUUUGCCUUCUCAAACAUUCGACAGGACCUGCCCUAACAGACACACACUGUACACACACUUUAACAAGCUCUCAGGUACAGUUAUGCACACACACACACACACACACACACACACACACACACACACACACACACACACUCACACACACUCACACAUACUCACACACACACACACACACACACACACACACACACACAGACACACAGACACACACACACAGACACACACACACACACACAUAGAGGUACCUCCCAUCACCUCGUUGAACAGAAAACACACACAGUAGUUAUUCUUCCAGCCGCUGAAAACGGAGAGCGGAUGAGACGAGGUCAGAGAGACACCAUGUAGAGAGUCAGACAGGUCAGAGCAGGUCCUCACGUGUGUUCAGGUGUUCUGUAUCAUCAUGUCCAUCAGCGUGAAUCUGAGGAGGAUCUCCAACCUGCCGGGACGAUACGACAGGAAGGUGGAACUCUGCUUCAGAGGUUUCACCCAUAAAACCAGAGUCCUGAAGUGUGAGAACUUGGCCAUCUUCAACGAGCAAUUCCGUUGGCCUCACUACGGAAAAGUGAUCAGGGAAGAAGUUUUGUCCGUCAGUGUUUACAACUGCAGUAAAGUCUUCUCCAACAGAUUGUUGGGUAAGCUGGUCAUCAGUCUCCAGCAUGUUGUUACCUCGGGGAGGCUGUUGCUAAGGGAACCACUCACUGACGCCAACUACAGCCUGACUGAUAUCUACAUAGAGCUGGAUGUUCGGUAUCAUCCUCUCGAGGGAACAGCAGGAAGCUGGGAGGGGCUCGACUUCCUAAAAAUUGAAGACGAGGAUGAGUCAGCUCUGGUCAUCAGGAAUGAAGCAUUUGAUGAACCUGACAGUCGACCGACUUUCACUCGCCCAGGUCAGCUAGAGAGAGAGGUCCGGCGUCUGGGGCGGAGCCUGGUCAGGGCUUCAUCAGGAGAUGAAGAUGAUGAUGAUGAUGACGAUUUUGAUGAUGACCUCAUGGACCUGGAAGCUUCAAACAUCAUCUUCACCCCUCUGCUCAGUCGUUGCAGGCCGAUGUCCAAAAACGUUACUUCAGCAUCGCCCAGAGUCAAGAGCUUCCAGGUGAAUGUAAACAUCCAGGAGGCUCAGAAGCUGGUCGGUGUAAACAUCAACCCUGCAGUUUUCAUCAGAGUGGGAAAGCAGAAAAAACACACAGCGACGCAGAAGUCCACCAACUGUCCUUUUUACAACGAGAAUUUCCAGUUUGAGUUCCAGGAGGACCCACAGAUCCUCUUUGAUAAAGUCAUCGAGUUAAGGGUGUUCCACAGGCGGAAACUGGCUUUCCUGAUGACCCACAUUGGGACCUUUAAGAUCGACAUCGCCACCGUGUACAACCAGCCAGACCACAGAUUCUACCAGAAGUGGGCUCCUCUCGUGGACCCGGCAGAAACCAGGUCAGGAAUCAAGGGUUACGUCAAGGCCAGUAUCAAUGUGCUGAUGAAGGGAGACGCUCUGAGCAUGCCCAGUCUGCCUCCCUCGUCAUCUGGAGCCAGCGAGGACAUAGAGAAGAACCUGCUGCUUCCUCGAGGGAUUCCUUCUGAGCGUCCAUGGGCUCGAUUUCGAGUCCGGAUCUACAAAGCCGAGGAUCUGCCAACCAUGGACGCAGGACUAAUGGCCAAGGUGUCAAAGGUCACUGACAGAACCGUCUUCAUUGAUCCCUACGUAAAAGUGACCUUCGCUGGUCAGCAGGGGGAGACGUUGAUCGCCAGCGCCACCAGCUGUCCCGUCUGGAACGAGGAAAUCUCGUUCAUUGAGCAGUUUCCUCCUAUGGCUCAGCGAAUCAGAAUCCAGAUUCUCGAUGAUGCAAAGAUGGGAGACAUUGCCCUGGUCACGCACUACCUGGACCUGCAGCAGAUUUCGGACCCUACCAGGAAUGGGUUUAACCCCACCUUUGGUCCAUGUUGGGUCAACCUGUACGGGUCUCCUCAGAACUCCACUCUUGGAGACAUCCACCAGGCUUUGAACCAGGGUCUUGGUGAAGGAAUCUUCUACCGUGGACGAAUCCUCAUCGCUCUCUGCGUCGAGGUUUACUCCUCCCCCUCUGCCGUUAUAACAGACACAGCCGCUUUGGGGAAGAUGAAAGGAGCACUGGGGAAGCUGGGAAUGAGGAAGAAGACUGGCGGCAAGAAGGAGAAGCAGCAAGGAUCUGUUGCUGCCGGCGGUUUGGCUGGCGAUUCAGGAGAAGCAGCAGUUGAGGUACCAGAGGCUGUCACCGUUGAGAUCGAGGAGAUCCACCCAUUCCCUGAGGGUUUUCUGGGACAGAAGGAGGAUUUUCUGCUGUUUGCAUCUCUGUUUGAAAUCACCAUGAUGGACCCAAGCAUAGGAAACAGGCCAGUGACCUUUGAGCUCUCCAUUGGGAGUUUUGGGAAAGCAGUGAGGGUUGUGAGAUCCAAGAAGAGCCAGAGCAAGGAGGAGCUGAGGAAGAGCAAGGAGGAGCUGAGGAAGAGUAAGGAGGAGCUGAGGAUGAGUAAGGAGGAGCUGAGGAUGAGUAAGGAGGAGCUGAGGAUGAGCAAAGAGGAGCUGAGGAUGAGCAAGGAGGAGCUGAGGAUGAGCAAGGAAGAUAUAAAUGAGGAGGCCCGGGGUCUACUGGAGUCUGAGGAGGAGCUAGACAAAGAAGAGGUGCUGAAUCCUGAACCUGAGAACAAGUCCUUGUCUGAUGCUUUGAGACCUGAGCCAACUGAGUAUGACAGGUCUUUCCAGUGUAUUCCUCUCCAGCCCCCCUCCUCAAAACCGAAGCCUUGUCUGUUUGUCUGGAGUCAGUUUGAAGAUUACAGCUUUCGACUCUAUCAGGCUAACUUGCUCAGCAAGAUGGCCGAUAGACUGGAGAUCGGUCUUGAUGAGGUGGAGCGUCUCUUAAGAAGACCCAGGAGUAACGUCAAGGAGCGUUUGUUGGAGGUGUUGCUGGAGUUUGUGGCUUCCUGCAAACAGUUCAGUGGUUUCUCGGACAGGAAAUCUCAGUCCCGUCCCAACAACCUGGACAGAUGCAGAAGGGAGUUUAUCAAGAAAAAUUUAGUCUUGUUGGCGAGACAGGCAGUGAAGGCCAGACGCAGGAUGACCAGGCGAACAGCGAAACAGCGGUUAAUGGAUAGCAGGAAACUCCUUAAGAGACUUCGUCUGCUAGCGAAAGAGCCCCAGAAUAUCAUCCCAGACGUGUUUCUUUGGUUGCUUACUGGAAGAAAGCGAUUGGCUUAUGUCAGGAUCCCCGUCCACUCCAUCUUUUUUUCAUUGGUUGAAGAGCAAAGAGGCCGGGACUGUGGGCGACUUACCACCCUCUACAUGAAGUCUCCAGGAGGUUCGGCGAGUGAAAUCUUUGCCAAGCUGGAGGUCUACUUGUGGUUUGGUCUUGGAAAGUACAGUAAAGAGGUCACUACCUGCCUGCCAGAGGAGUUUCUGCCAGUCUAUGCAGAGGAGGAGGAGGAACAGAAGAGGCUGGUCCAUGCAGGGAAGAGGAAGCUACCUGUUAGUCUGUCCUGCCAGGACAGCAAGUACUACCAGCUACGAUGUCACUUGUAUCAGGGGCGUGGCCUAAUGGCUGCUGAUGACAACGGCCUAUCGGAUCCCUUCGCCAAGGUUGUCUUCGGAACUCAGUGUCAGGUCACCAGGGUCAUGUCUAGCACCCUGUCUCCAGCCUGGUGCGAGUGUUUGCUAUUUGACAGAGUUCUUCUGGAGGGAACAAAGGAGGAUCUUACUCAAGACCCUCCCCUCAUAAUCAUCAACAUCUACGACCAAGACCAAAUGGGGGCUCCCAAGCCUCUGGGUCGAACCUUUGCUGAGCCGGAGUUUAAAACUGUGGAGCAGUACUACAAGAAGCCCCACCUGCGUUUCUAUGACAUCAGCAUGGGAAAGGUGCCUGCUGGGGAGCUGUUGGCUGCCUUUGAGCUCAUUGAGCUGGACUACUCCAAGUUUGGAGAGCCCCUUCUACCAAGCAGUGUGGACCCGCAAGAACUGACCUACCUAGAGGAGCAGAGAUGUUACUUCAUCCCGGACGGAGUCCGACCUGUUCUGAAGACCUUCAGGAUUGAGGUGCUGUUCUGGGGUGUGAGGGAGCUAAAACGGGUUCAGCUGUUUGAGGUGGAGCGGCCGAUGGUAAAGGUGGAGUGUGCCGGACGACAGCUGGAGUCUGAAGAGAUUGAGAGUUACCAGACUCACCCAAACUUCAAAGAGCUGGUCCUCUACAUGGACGUGCAACUGCCAGAGCAGGCCUACCUCCACCCUCCUCUGACAUUGUUCGUUGUGGAGCAGCGAGCAUUUGGUCGACUCGCUCUUGUCGGAACGCACGUCGUCCAGAGCCUCAUGGCCUAUGCCCCUGCUGAGCUUGAGGGGGAGCCUGAGGAGGAAGAGGAAGAGCAAAAACCAAAACCAAAACCAAAAGCAAAUCAGAACUCAAUGAAGAUCAGACCUCUGUCGACAGUGAAGAAUAUCGGACUCAGCGGUCUGUCGAUCACUCAGUCAAAGAUUCCUAUCAACCCCAUCAAGCUGCUUAAUGGUCCUCUGAACAAGCUUAAAGACAAAGGAGAGGAGUUAGAGGAGGAGCCGCCUGAGCAGGAGGAGUUGGAUUGGUGGUCCAAAUAUUAUGCUUCAGUGCAGGAGUUGGAGAGAAAAGCUGUUGAGGAGGAGGAGAUGGCAGAGGCAGAAGCAGAUAAAGAUGGAGGGACUAUGACCAUGGGAAAUAUUGAAGAGGAGGAGGAGGAAAUGGUGGUGGUGGAAAUUGAGCCUCCAAAACGCAAGAAGAUUGCUACACUAAAGUUGUACGGAGGUGAUCUGGAGUCAGAGUUCAGUCAGUUUCAGGACUGGCUGCGGAUCUUUCCGCUGUAUAAAGGCCGAGCAAGCGGUGAGGAUGAUGACGACGAUGACGAGGAGAGAUUCAUGGGAAGAUACAAGGGGUCUUUCCUGGUCUAUCCGAUUGAUUCGGGAGACGAAGAAGACGAAGAAGACACAACCUGUCGGAUCACGAAUGGAAUCCCCAAAAACACACCAAUUAAAGUCUUGGUCCGAGUCUAUAUUGUUAAGGCCACCACUCUGACUCCAACAGACCCGAAUGGUAAAGCAGACCCGUAUCUGGUGGUCAACGUUGGAGAGCAGAGUCAGGACACCGUGGAUCGAUACAUCCCCAAACAGCUCAACCCAACAUUUGGAGAAGUCUUUGAAUUCAACAUUUCUUUCCCCCUGGAGACGGAUUUGGUUAUCCAAGUGAUGGAUCACGAUAUGCUGGGAUCUGAUGACGUCAUUGGGGAGACAAGAGUCGACCUGGAGAACCGGUUCUACAGCCGCCACAGAGCCAGCUGCGGUCUGGCACUUUACUAUGAUGCUGACGGCUACAAUAAGUGGCGGGAUGCCAAAAAGCCGUCGGCCAUCUUGGCAGAGCUCUGCAGGAAGAACGGCAUUAUGUCUCCAGAGUACCGACCGUCUGAAGUCAAAGUUCUCAACAAAAUCUUCAAGAUCCCACCUGAUGCAGUACCUGAAGCUCUUCUGAAAAAGAACCAGCGGACUCCAGAGGAGGAAGCAGAGAUGGAGGAACAUUCAGCCCUGAGCGUGCUGCAGCGCUGGGGGGAAAUGAAAGAGUUCAUCCCAGGAGCUGUUCCUCUGGUCCAAGAACACGUGGAGAUCCGAUCCCUAAUAAAUCAGGACAACCCUGGACUGCCACAGGGUUACCUUCAUAUGUGGGUGGACAUGUUUCCUACUGACGUCCCAGCUCCGCCUCCUGUUGACAUAAAGCCCCGCAAACCUGAACAGUACGAGCUGCGUGUGAUCAUUUGGAACACUGAUGACGUUUUUCUUGAUGACGUCAACCCAUUCACCGGUGACCCAUCCUCAGAUAUCUACGUUAAGGGAUGGAUAAGGGGACUGGAAGGAGACAAACAGGAGACAGACGUCCACUUCAAUUCUCUGACUGGAGAAGGAAACUUCAACUGGAGAUUCAUAUUUCGCUUUGACUACCUUCCUACUGAGAAAGAGGUGGUGUUUAAGAAGAAGGAGUCCUUCUUCUCUCUGGAGGAGUCAGAGUUCAGACAGCCAGCUGUUAUGUCGCUGCAGGUCUGGGACUACGAUCGCAUCUCAGCCAAUGACUUCCUGGGUGCCAUUGAGUUUCGUCUGUACGACAUGGUGCGUCCAGCGAAAACAUCCGGUAAAUGUAAGAUUGACAUGGCCAAGGAUCGCGCCAGCCCUCGAUUCUCCAUCUUUCGUGCAAAGAAGAUGAAGGGCUGGUGGCCGUUAACCCGCCUUAAGACGGCCGAGGACUUCGAGAAGGAGGAGAAGGAGAGGGAGGAGGCCAAGAAGAAGGGGAAAAAGAAGAAGAAGAAAAAGAAGGACAAGAGGGGAAAUAUGAAGAAGGAGGACCUGGAGUACAUUGACAGCAGUGGCAACACUUACCUGUUAAUGGGAAAGGUGGAGGCGGAGCUUCAGCUGGUGACACUGGAGCAAGCGGAGGCAAACCCUGCGGGACGAGCCCGGAAAGAGCCAGAGCCUUUGGACAAACCUAAUCGCCCCACCACCAGCUUCAACUGGUUUGUCAACCCGCUGAAGACCUUCAUCUUCCUCAUCUGGAAGAAGUUCAAGAAAUACAUAAUCGCUUUCGUCAUCCUCGCCGUCCUCACGCUCUUCCUCGGUCUCAUCGUCUACACGCUGCCGGAGCAAAUCUCCAACCUCAUGGUCAACGGGUGACGAGACCUGCGGGGAAUCUGGUCUCUGGUGAUAGACUGUCUCAGGUUUUUAGCCCUGAACUGAUCCAGUUUAAUAUGGACUGAAGUCUUAUUGAGUAUGAUUCAGAUUUAAACAUCACUUAAACUAAUUUGAUGUGUUUACACUAACUGCACUACAUUACCCAGCAUGCCUGUUUAAAUACAAACACCUUUGGACAUUGGAGCAUAAUGAGAGAUCUGGUUAUUGUCACAUUUGUCCAUCACAAGAGGAAAUUACUGAACACAUUCAUGUGGAUUUAACUCACAUUUUAUAUUUUAUAUUCCCAUCCAUCCAUUAUCUGUACCGCUUUACCCUUUUGGAUAUAAUCCCAGCAGUCAUUGGGCGAGAAGCGGGGUACACCCUCGGCUGAACGCCAGUCAAUCACAGACCUGACAUAUAGAGACAGACAACCGGCAACACUCACAUUCACAUUUAGAGUCACCAGUUAAUCUAACGAGCAUGUCUUUGGACUGCGGGAGGAAGCCUGAUGCUGCAUUCAUGUGCCGCUCGGGUGGUCCAAGUUUCCAAGUUGUCAAGUCGUUCUUCUGACUUAAGUUUGUUCACAUGAUUUCAGCUCGGAAAGUCGGAAUUUGAACAAAAAGUUUAUGUGCAAUACGUUGAUUAUUAAAACGUUUGUUAAUAUUAACAAAACAUAUUUUGCCCCCCAUCUGAUGUCAAGUCGGCAAGUCGGGCACCUAAUUCUUUUCCGAGUUCCGAGAUGGGAUUACCGAGUUUUUGUUCCCACUUGAGCUUUCAUGUGGAUUUUACAACUCGGAAACUAGUUUUUCCGAUGUGUCCGACACCACAUGAAUGCACCAUGAGUACCCGGAGAGAACCCACACAUGCACAGGGAGAACAUGCAAACUCCACAGUGAGGCUCCUGUCGGACUGGGAUUCGAACCAAGAACCUCCUCGCUAACCACCUUGAGCCUUAUUUUACAUUUGAUCAAUUUAUUUUCACUGAAACUCUCUUUCACUGUGUAUAUAGAUGUACUCUCUAUAUCAGCACCUCCAGAUUUAAGUGUAUGACAAUAUCACUAAAUGAAUAAUCUGUGUUUGGUGAUGGAUUAUUAUUGUGGAGUUAAAUUUGAGAGAAAGAAGAAUAAUGAAUAAAUCAAUGUAUAUGUGUAUUCAGAUUUUGCACUGACUUAGAACUGCAGUCAAAAUACAGACUUGUACAAGUGUGAUCCUUUUUGGACUGAAUUAUGGAUUUUGAAUAAAUAAAUAAAAAUGUAUUAAAAUCUGUCAUGUGACACUGAAAAGAGUGUAAAAAAUAAUUCAGUGAGUAACAAUCAGUGUGAUCUUAGUCUUGAACACAAAUGAGAAGAUCAUUCAUAAUGUUGCAUUUUAAGUUCCUCCUGAAAAUGUUCGACCAAAAAAAUAAUUUAAAUGAUUAAAUCCAGAGAAGCUGCUGAAUUUUAGUUACAAUUUAGCGUAAAUAUACCCUAUUAAAUCUUAAGUCUUAAAGCGCCCCCUAGAGACCAUAGUGUUUAUUACAGGCAACAUCAAGGUUCUUUAGUUGCUCUUAAAAUGUUGAAGAUUUUUCUGCAGGAGGGAAUCCUACAGGAGAGAUGUUUGGGUUUGAUUAAGUCUGAAGGGAUCGUCCUCUGGAGAGCAGGAAUGACCGUUUUCUCAAAAUGAGAUAAUUUAAUUUCUUGUUAAUGAGAAAGAACUGACUCAUGCGUGUCAGACUUCAUCCUCGUCUGCAGGCUGAUUUGACAAGUAGUUUGGAAUGUUUUGUUUACAGAGGCUCGCUCUGAUUGUUUCCUCUGAGACUCAGAUGAUGAUGGCGGCGGCUUUUUGCACUGGAGAUUAGAAAGGAAAUGAUGUAAGAGGAGAAUUGGUUUGGUUUUUUGCAGAAAAAAAAUGUCUGCCUUCAAACAACAUUGGUUAAUUUACUUACUACAUAUGAUUGCUUUGAAACUGUUUCAACUGUUUAUGUCCCUCAGAGAA